AUGACGAAAAGAUAUUUAACAAAUACAGAUAAAUCAGUUUUUAAUUUAAAAUGGGAAAAUCGAGAUGUUGCACAACAACAUUCUCAACGAAGUAGAAGUCAAAGUCAACAUGAUAUAAAUAAAGAGAAAGAGACUCCACGAAAACAUUCUGAUACACAUCAUCAUAAAGAACAGCCUGAAUUAAAUUAUAGAUCAACGAAGACAGAAAAUCCAAAUACAACUUAUCAAGCACGACCAGCACCUACAGCAAAUUAUUAUCCUUAUGCUUAUCCACCUAUGCCUGUUGAUGAGCAGCCAGUAGUACUUCCACAACCGGUUAAGCAACGAAAUACUAAUAGAACGAUAACAAGAACAAGACAAAGUGAUAAAUCGAUUAAUUUAGUACGUAAUAAUGGUAAAUUAAAAAUAGAACAUCAUUAUGUUGAUUCACCAGCUGAAGCACAAAGACUUAUUGCUAAACUUCAUCGACAAGGAUUUGUCGAAACUGGAAUUUAUACCCCUGCAGUAGAUUCUAAUUCUAAUAAGAAUUAA